AGCCGAUAUCUUGGCUCGAGAGCCCGAGGGGGGGGAGGAGGAAAACCUGGGGAAGGAGAGAAGAGGGGCUGAAGGAAGAGCUCCUUCGGAAGAAUCCCUCCUUCUCUCUCCCCUCCCUUCCCUCUUGGCAUGAAUGCUGAGAGUUGCGUGUCGUUCUGCGAUCCGUCGGCUGCUACCAUGGAUUCCUUCUACAACGCCGCCUCGCAAGGCAGCGUCGACGGCUCCUCGCCUUUUAGGGCAUUUCCCGGCAGCAGCGACAAAUUCAGCUCCGCUUUCCUGGCCAGCAAAGGACAAAGCUUUGGAGACAGCGGCGGGGGCGGCGGCGGGAGCAGCGGCAGCAGCAACAACAGCCCCAAGCGCCGGAGCCGCUACAGCCAGCCGGAAUGUCCGUCUCUGGACGGCAGCGGCGCUCAGCAGCCACAAGCGCUCCCAGCCGCCGCUUCCACCACCACCGCCGCCGCCUUUAACAAGUACCACUUGCAGCCGCCGCCGCCUCUUUACGGGCAGCGCGGCUCUUGUAAAAGCCCCCCGAGCAGCAACCUCAAGCUGCAGGACACCAGCGGCCACAACGGAGCCCUGCAGCUUUCUUGCUUCGCUAAAGAAAGUUCCCUGGGAGAGACUGAACUACAGCCAGGAUCUGAUUCUGCUGGAAUGGAUAGUAGUUACCUCAGCGUGAAAGAGACCAGUGCGAAGACGUCCCAAGAGAGGGCAAGUAAUGAUCUUCCCAGCCCAAUGGACAAGACUGAUUCGGAGAGCAACAAGGGCAAGAAGAGACGUAACCGCACCACCUUCACCAGCUACCAGUUGGAAGAGCUGGAAAAGGUCUUUCAGAAGACCCAUUAUCCAGAUGUCUAUGCCAGAGAGCAGUUAGCCAUGAGGACAGAUCUCACGGAAGCCCGAGUACAGGUUUGGUUUCAGAACCGAAGAGCAAAAUGGAGAAAACGAGAACGAUUUGGUCAAAUGCAACAGGUUCGCACACAUUUCUCCACUGCCUAUGAGUUGCCUUUGCUAACUCGAGCAGAGAAUUAUGCCCAGAUACAGAAUCCUUCCUGGAUCGGCAACAACGGUGCCGCCUCCCCUGUGCCUGCCUGCGUAGUGCCCUGUGACUCGGUGCCUUCCUGCAUGUCUCCCCAUGCUCAUCCCCACACUACUGGAGGAGUCUCUGAAUUCCUGAGCGUCUCGGGUCCUGGCAGCCACGUGGGGCAGACGCACAUGGGCAGCCUCUUUGGCAGCGCCGGCAUCAGCCCCAGCAUCAAUGGCUAUGAGUUGAACGGCGAGCCGGACCGCAAGUCUUCCAGCAUUGCAGCCCUGCGGAUGAAAGCCAAGGAGCACAGUGCUGCCAUAUCGUGGGCAACAUGACAGGGCUGCUGCUUUUGCCCUCGAGAAACGGACAGCUCAAGCAGGACAGAUGACCCAAACCCUCCACUCUUGGACUGGGGGCAGUGUGCGCCCUCCUCAGAGGUCUGAAUGCAGCACUUUUCGCUUCCUUAGGGAGAAUGGCAUGGUGCCGAUUGCCGUAUUUGGAGUGUUUUAAGCAUGUAGGCCUUCCCCCUGCCCUUCCCAGGAAAGGAAUGUGGAAAUCAAGAGGGGAUAUUUCUCCUGCAUCAGACAAACUUGAGUUUGCGAUUCCCCUUGUGCUGUUAUUCUCCUGAUUGCCAGUUUGCCGUUGUUCUUGCUCUAUCUAGCAUGAAAGCUGCCUCCCACCAAGGCUUCCAUUAUGCGAUCGUUGGCCUUUUCCACAGAAAUAUCGGGGUAGGGAUGAGGGAGGAUCCCAAAGUGUGCCAUCUUUUUUUUUAAAUAGUUCUGUAUUUUCCCAUGACAUCCUCCCUGCCUUCUCCUCUCUCCCCCCCCCACCUCACAUUUUUGACUACAGAAAGUCUAUUAAAGUGGAGGUGGGGGUGGCGGAAAAACAGCUACACAGGGUUCCUUGAUUGGUAGCAUUAGGAGCCCUCCAUCUGGAAGUUCAUCUGAUUUUAUUUCUGUCUCUCUCUUUUUGUCAAACAAACAAGAAAACAAAGGCCAACCCACAAUUUCUGGCUAAUUGCUCCCAUGUGAGCUCUUUUGAAACCCUCAUAUUUUAAUGGAACAGAAGGGGUUUACAUAUGAUCUCUAGCACCAAAAGGCAUGUGGUUGCUAUCACUGUAGAUGGCUGGUGCCGAAGUCUGAGGAGAUGGGGUACAUCUUGAUUGGGGUACCCUAUACCAAAGUUGCCAUACUGCAACAGGAAAUUUGUCCACACCUUACCUUCCAUGUGAAUUGUGUGAGUUGCUGAGUUGCUUUAUGUCAUUUUUCUUUUAUCCUGACAUUUCGCUCCCUUCAGUCUCCUGCAAUGCAAUAAUGCAUAGCCAAGAGAUGCAGUAAUGAAGGCAUGAGUCAAUUGUGGGUUCAAUGAAAUCCCUCUAAGAAUAUACUGCCCCUGAACAGAAAUUGUGGGGGGAGGGCGAUGGCUCAACGGUUAAAGACAUUGAGCUUGUCAGCUAGAAAGCUGACAGCCUGGGUUCAGAGUGCCACACGAUGGGGUGAGCAGAGCUACUAUUAUGUGCCCCAAUUCUUGGCCACCGAACAGUUUGAAAGCAUGCAAAUGCAAGUAGAGAAAUAGGUACCAUUUCGGUGGGAAGGUAACAGCAUUCUGUGAGCCUCAGCAUAUAGUCAUGCUUGCCAUAGGGCCACAGAGGUGUCUUUAGACUAUUCUGGCUCCCUUGGUCUAAGAAACAGAGGUGAGCACCGUUUCCUAGAGUCAGACAUGCCUGGACAGGGGAAACCUUUACCUUUAUCUUUAAGCAGAAAUUACAAAAAGAAUACGUACAUCUCCAUAGGGCCACUUUGUAAUCAUAACCCCAUGAACUGAUCCUGACAGCAAGCCAAGGACUCCCAGGCUAGUGUAAACCAAAUCAAUCUUUUUUAUAUGCUACCUAAUGUUUGAAACACUCUGACUUUGGUACCCCAUCCCCAUCACACCAAUGCAUUUAUUGCAACAUCAGUAGAACCAGUUGUGAUUUUAAUUACCAGUAAUUAAUUAAUUAUCCAUAAAUUAAGGGUUGACUAACCAUUGCCUGAUGUUUGGUUUCAAUGACGAGCAAAACAGGGAGAAAAUCUGUGGGCAAUAAAGGAAAACGUCUCCCUAAUUUCUGACAUCGGCCUGCUCUUGCGGUAAACUCAGUUCUGAAAGAAGACCAAUUUAUAGGAUUUACUCUUUUGGAUUGAUAUUUGACAUACAAACUUUGGAAUAAUAACUAAAGAAUUUGAUGGUUUCAAAGAAAUUGUAUGCCCACUGCCAUGAGCAAUGCACCCACUUCAAAUAUUGCCUUUCUGCUGUCGCUAUCAAGUUGAUCUUUUUUCAACUCCACUCCAAGUUCGUCGCCACUCAGUGGAGGUAACUCAAACGCCUAUCUUGAAGAAAUAAAGCAAGAGGGUUAUUUUUCCCCUCUUAGUUGGAAAUUCUUUUUUUUUCCCCCAGCCUAAAGCGAAGUAGCAGACACAGGCCUGCCUCAUGUUGUUCCCAUUCAUCAGGAUAAUCACAUUUUCCCAAUUUCCAUAUGUUUGCCCUCUUUAAAAAAGGAUCAAAGAGGAUUUAGGUCCAGCCAAGCUGAGAUUCUGUUCAAAAAGCUGAAACGGUGCUUGGGUUUUGCGGUUUCUCCAACAGGCAUUCACAUCCACUAGAGGAGAGAAACUUAAUGCUUAAAGCUGUCUUAACUGGCUUUUAAGGAGUGUUUGUUGGGUUAGUAACUACUGGGCUUUCCUUUUUCUGGCGAGCGGUUGCUUUGCAGGCUUUGCCAUUCAAAUAGUGUAGCUUUUAAUGGGCUUCAGAGGAAAAGCAAGACUUUCACCAUCCUUAGGGCACUAGCAUAAACCCACCCAGGGGGUCUGACCUGCGUAUGGCCGUGCUAUCAUGAAUGUGCACCUAUAAACCAUCCUGGAAAAGGAAGCCUGCAGCUGGGGAUGCAUAUAAAGAAAUAGGCAUAAUACACCAAGUAUGUAGAAUUCCAGAAGGACGAAAAGCUGUGUGGCAAUUCUGAAGAGGGGCAAGAGAGCAAUUGCAUUCAUUUUAUAGGAAUGGAAUAGAAAAAGCAAUGGCACACUUGAAGGUUAGGAAGACAUCUUCUCCUCCUCUCCCAUGCCUUGUUAGUCCCAGAACAUUUCUUAGGAGCCCCAGUAUUUCUGACCAGCUGUGGGAAUAAGACACCUGCCUGUAGCAUGCAGAGUAAAAGGGCCUAAACUUUUAUUCCUUUAGAGACCAGGUGCACUUUUCAAGUCAAAACCCACAGUUAAAAAAUAUUUUUAAAAAUCAAAUUAGUCAAUACUUUGAAGUUCCAUUGAAUUCAGUGGGAAUGCAAAACAUUGUUAGACUUGUUGCCCCAUAGGGUAAGUAUGAAGAAAAUGUUGUACGCUAUCGAUAGGCAUGCAACCUUCAGAAAGGCAUUUAAGGUGCUCAUAAAAUGAAAGAGGAACCCUUUUAUACAUGUUGUGCUGUGUUUAAAGACUGCACACCGCCUCCCAAAAAACCCCACCAUUCUUUCUUUUUUUUUAAUCUAUGAAGUCAAGAGUGAACCAUGCCAAGCAGUGAUGUCAUUACUUUUCAUGACUGGAGAUCAAUGAAUCAUCAAAUGAUUUUAAGGCUAUCCAUGAGAAUCAGAACCUGAACUCUCAUGAAAGUGAUGAUGACAUGAUUGCAUAACAGGCAAGAUCCAUGCCUAAUCAUAUUUUGGUGUUCCUGAGUGUGCAUUCCUAGGAAAACACAUUUGUGUACAUACCGACUCCAGGUAUGUUUAUUUUAUAAUAGCUAGGUUUGCCAUCUUUGGGAUGAAGGAGAGGAUCACUCAUAACAGGGAGAUGUUAGCUCUCUAUGCCCAAAUUUCUUUGUUUUCAGCUGGUAAAAAGGACUGGAAGUAGAAUCAUGCUGCUACUUGAGCUGUUCAUGCUAAAGUCAGCAGCCCUUAAAACUGCCAUUGCAGCUUUUCAAAGCUUUAAAGCAGGCAAGAAUAGUUUUGGCUAAGCUCUUUUACUAUCUGUUCAUCUCAUGCCAAUGUUAGUUCCCAAGUGGUUUUGAAUGUGAACAAUACAAGUGUGCAUCAACAACAUACACUUCAAAAGGUGUUUCAGGAUCUCUGUGAUGUUCAACCCAAUAUGGUACCAUAUGCAUCAAUUCCUUGAAAAAAACCAAUGAUGGAAUAGCCCAUUAUAUUAAUUCUCCACCUUCCUCUCAUUAAUAGGCAGACUUACCUAGGACUCUUUGCCCUUCACUCCGCAACACUGACUGACAGUGAAUGAUGGACAAAGAAAUGAUAUACAUAUGUGAAACAUGGGACGAGAAGAGAAAUUCAACAUAGGAUCACCUUGUGCAUGUGUGCCCAUGAUAUCAAACAUAGCAUUUAACUAUAUCAUAACGUCAGUGAAAACCUUUUGUUGAAAUGCCUCCUGGACAAGAGAACUCCAUUAAUGGCAAGAGCACAAGAUGUAAGGUUAUAUGGAAUACUGAUUGUGAGCACCAGAGGCUUUCUGAAUGCCCAACAGUAGCAGCUGGUUUUCAAUUGUCAAACUAUAGGUCAGGAGGUUGGGUAGAGGGAGCAAUCAAUAAGAAAUUUCCUUGGGGGCUGAGGAAAGAUGGGCCUAUCUUACCUUCUAUUCCAAUGGUAAAUGCUAGUAAAGGCAACAAAGCAUAGUGGUGUCCAAACCAGCCAACUGUAAGACUUGUGGACUUCAACGUCAAGAAUUCUCCAGCUGGCCUGGCCUGGCUGGCUGGGGAAUUCUGGGAGUUGAAGUCCACAAGUCUAAAAAGUGGCCAAGGUUGGACACCCCUGGGCUAAAUAAAGGAGUUAGAGGUUUUUUUCCCUUGUUUUUUUUUUACAGGGCAUUCUUGUAUCUGUCUUUUUCCCCCCCUUUCACUCAUUUAAUGAUUUUGCCUUGUCUCAAAUCAUACCCCAAGGUUUGCAAAAUUGCAAAGCAUUUUGAAAACAAACAACAGUGAAAAAAGGUAGUUUCCUGGAAAGUGGUUUGAAAAAAUAAUCAACAAGACACAGCUGCUGAGAACUUUUGUUUAUUUUGCUGCUUUGAUUGACACAGGAAAAAAACAAACAUUUGGAGGGGUUGUUUUUUUUUUAAAAAAAAAAUCAGCCGAAAUGGAAACCUAGAUGAAAGCUUUUUCACUGCUUUCAGCUUCGUGGCUGGCAUUUCAGGGAAAUCAAGGCGACUUUUUAUCCUGCCCCAAAUUCUUAUUAACAAAUUGUGGAUGAUCCACUAUCUAAUCCUCCUUCCGCAUAAAUAGAUAGUGCUAGGAACUUUGUACUACUGAUCUUGAAGGGCAGUUUUCAAUGUGUAAUAAUAUAUCUGUUUUGGGGUGUGCAGUGACUGAAAAGGAGAAUGGGAGAAAAAAAAAUCAUAAGAAAACAACCUCAGUCAAUUGCAUUGUUGUAAAAUAUUGUAACCUUGUAUAAGUGCAACUUUUUUUUCCCCUUUAGCUUUAUGGCCUGAGGCAGAAUAUAUGAAAAUAUACGUUCAAAAAUGUUGACAAGUAAAGCAAUGGAUUGAGAGGAAAGCCUACAAAAUUGCAGUGUGAGGUUGUGCCAUACAAUUUUACUGCCUAUACAGAUAUGUACUGCAAAUUCAUUACAUUGUAAUAUUAAAAAAAAAAAGAAAGAACAGA